AUGCAAUUUUUUAUAGGUAUUCUAUUAAAUUUAUUUAUUUUGAGAUGUUAUUCUUUGAAUUCUUCUUGUGUACCAUGUACAUCAAUAUUAUUUCGAUCAUGUUAUAAUUGUUUAAAUAUAUUUCCAAUCAAUCGUUCUGAUGUAGAAAAAGUGAAUAUUAUUUGUAAUACAACAGAUAAUGUAUUCGAUUCACAAGAACGAUUUUAUUCAAUUAUUAAAUCGUAUAUAACAAAAAAUUGUACCAUGAAAACAUUUUACUUCGAUCAAUAUACAUUAUGGAAUUAUCUUGAAUCUAUGUCAAUAACACACGCUCAUCUUACACGUUUAUCGCCUGUCAUAUUUAAUCGAUCAUUAUCUGUUUCACCUAUUCUAUAUAGUAUUAAACAUUUGAAUUUUUCACAUAAUUCAUUACAUAUUAUCAAUCGAAAUUUUUCAUAUUAUUUUCCAUCAUUACAAAAACUUGAUUUAAGUUAUAAUCAACUCGUACAUAUAAGAAGAAAAACAUUUAUUAAUUUAAUACAUUUAAAAGAACUUUAUUUAAAUAAUAAUUAUUUAAAACAUAUUUUAUUUAUUAAUUUUCCACGUCAAUCAUUACGUUUAAUUAAUUUAAGUUAUAAUUAUUGGCAUUGUUCAUGUCAAAAUGUUUUAAUACUUUCAUUGAGUCGACCAAUACCAAUAUGUCAAACACCAAUACAAUAUAAAAAUCAAAAUGCUGGUGAUAUAGCUCGACAAUGUUUUCUUCGUAAAAAAGCAAAUAUUUUAAUAACAAUAAAUCGUUCAAAACAACAAAACCUAACAUGUGCAUUAUCAUCAACAAUUGAUAUAUGGAAAAAUAAAACAAACGAAAACAUUACAUUAAUAUCUGCAUGGCAUAUUGAACAAAAUCGUUCAAUUUCAAUUGAAUAUUUAUAUGCAUUAAGUGACAAAUCAGAAAAAUAUUUAAUCUGUUUCAAUUUAACUUCAAUUCAAUCCGAAUCAAUCUACACAAUAAUUCCUUUAAUAUCAAAAAUAUCAUCAUUAUUAAAUAGAACAAAUAGAAUUAAAAUGAAAUCGUCAACAAAUCAAACAUUAGUUCUAAUAAAACCAUCAACAAAACUUCCAUCGGUUUUAUUAUGGAUAUUCAAUACGAGUAAAAAACUUCUUCCAACAUAUUUUCGAACAUCUGAUAAACAAGUUUUAAUUAUAUGGUUAAUACUUCUUACAAUAGCAUUUUUAAUAUUUUCAAUUCUUAUCUAUUUUAUUUAUUAUCGACGGCAUAAAAGAAUAAAUUAUGAAUUACAUUCAUUUUCAAAUCGAUUUAUUCAUUUUCAUACGAAAUCAACAGAUCCUCGAACAAUAUUUAAUAUGAAAAUCAAUUGUAAAAAUCAUAAAUGUUUAUGUCAAUAUCGUCGACGUGAUAAUGAUUCAUUAAUUUAUUCAACUAAUAGCAAUAGACAACCAUUAUUAAUACAACCAACUCAAUUACGUUAUGCAAAAAUUAAACGUAUAUCAUCAACUCAAGAAUCGGAUAAUGAAUAUUUAACGGGACAUUUUCGAACUACAGUUAAAUUAAAAUCUUUACCUAAUUGA